AUGGCUGAUUUGCAUGUUAAUGAACUUCCACUUCGCCAUUUGAUUGAGAAAAUAUAUGGUAAAACUAACGACCCGAAAGGAUUCUCAGGCCCGAUUGGAAAGCUUCUUCCAACAUGUCAGAACCUUCCAGUAGUAAAGUUCGAAAAAAUUAAUGUCGAACUACCAGAAUUCGACCUAAAUGAUGCCAGUACCGAUCAAGUUUACUUAUAUGAAAUGUGUUCUGCAAUCGCAAAGGGUGAUGUACCCCCAAAUUUGUCAAAGCGUGAUCCGGAAAAAAUGGUACAUGCAAGAUGGCUGACAACGGCAAAUAGGAUCUUGAGACUUUAUGUAGCUUCUGAACAGCCUUUAAACGAAUUGAAAACAAUAACGGAAUUUAUAUUGAAAGUUUAUGCUCCUGUUUGGUUUGAUAUUAAAGUAAGAUCAUCGUGUACUGGUGGCUCCAGGCAUUUAUUCUCUCUGAUAAGAAGAUCGAGAUAUCUACCGACUGCAGUUAAAGAUGCGAUUGAUCCUAGGGAAUGUAUUUUUUGCUCAUCCAGAAAAUAUUGUAUUGUCAAUGCUUACAGAUGA